GGGGGCAGGGCCAGUUGUAGUCCAGUUUAUGCCGUCCUGCUGAGUGUAGCGUGGCUGCAUUGAGAUCAUUGCAAAGCCGGAGCAAAUUCAGCUGUACGUUUGGAUUUUUUCUGGAAUUACUUUACGUGCCGAACAACAGCUCAAGUUGAGUAGCUGUUCGUGACAAGUGGUAUUCAAAAGUGAAAACAUGGAGACUUAGUACAGGCUAAAUGCCGGGUAAACAGCACUGAAAUACGUCUCCACGUUAGGAGCAAACUUCAGUCCCAUAGUGCGGAGGAGGCUCGCAGCAAUGGCAGGCAGGGGUCGAGGGAUCGGGGCCUUUUCCUUCAACGUCGAGGCUCUGGGCAUCGGCAGGGGCAGCAUGCCAGAAUCCAGGGUGGGGCCCAACCCGCUGUUUCCAAAUACCGACUUUAAGGCGGUGCCUCUGAAAGCGGGCGAGGAUGAGGACUACAUGCUGGCCUUAAAACAGGAGAUGAGGGGAACAAUGCAACGGCUACCGCACCACAUUAAGCAUUUGUCCAAUAAAUCAGAAGUGGAGAGAUACACCGAGAGAUACCUUAAGCAAAAACUGAUGGAAGAUAAGGAUUGGAGUCCAGAAUGGAGCCUCCUUCCAAAAGAAUUGAUGCCCCAGAAGAAAAAAACUUGUACUAAACCAGGUUCAAAGAAGAAAACUGUGAAGAUAUCAGGAAAAGACGCGGCGGAUAUGCUGAACAAAUUAGAUAACCUGGCAAAGAAAGAUGAAGGAAACCCUGAAAAAUCAGAUGAUGAGACCGAAAAGAAAACCGGGAAUGCGGAAGAGGAUGAGGAAGAUAUUGAAGAGGAUAUUGAGGAGGAGGAUGUUGAGGAGGAAAAUGACUACAUUGACAGCUAUUUUGACAAUGGUGAAGAUUUUGCUCCGGACAGUGAUGAGAAUAUGGAUGGCGAAGCAACAUACUGAGACCGUAGCGACCAUGCAAACUCACUGCUGAAGGAAACCAUCACUACGCGAUUGCCUUGUGUGUAUGAGAGAGUGUCUGUGUGUGUGUAUAUACGUUGAAAAUAGUGUUUAACAGAGUAAUAGUUUGUGUGAUCUUGAGGGGCAGGUUUUCCUUUAAAGACUUGUGUAAAUAAGAAAUGCCACUCUGCUCACACUGGCAAUAAUUUAUUCAAAAUAGAUGUAUUUAUUUUACAGCCUGUGUCACAAUUCCACAGGCUGAAAGGCACAUACAGUUAACACAUGCUUUCUUCCGUUGUUCAACGUUGACAAAACAUUAAAAUAAAAGGAGUAUAUGACAAA